AUGUCCGCGUCAAAUGCUGAACUAAAGGCUGCUAUCGACCGACGUUUUGUCCUCUCAGGAGAACGAGCUAGGCUUUUAGAGUUUGUAAAGCAACGAUUGGCGGAAACUGGAUGGAAUGAUGCCCUCUAUGCACAUUGUUCAGAAUCUUUUAAAGCCAGAGGGAUCGAAAAUGUAUCGAUGGACACCUUAUUGGCAGAAUUUUCGGAUCAUGCAAGAGCAAGCGUCAAUGAAAAUAUCAAGAAAGAAUUGCUGGUUCAAAUCAAACAAUUUCUAGACGCAAACCUCGACUGA